UCUCCAACAGUCCCACUCGCCUCUAUAAAGCGCCGACCUUCACAUUCACAGUUACACGACCUUAUUUAACUUCGCACCACCACAACCACAACCACCACCAUUAAAACCCAGAGCCAGUUUUACCCAAAGAAAAUACUACUUGAAUGGAAAAAGCCGGGACAGAACCGUGGAGACCUGACCCGGUUCACGCAUCCUCAUUGUUCCGGCCACCGGAGACUCCAAGGGAGCCUAUGGAGUUUCUCUCACGCUCUUGGAGCGUUUCCGCCAUGGAAGUAUCUAAAGCCAUAGCUCCACCCCAUAUGGUCCUUUCAAAGACUAUGAGCGGCUGCGGCGGAGGUGCCGGAGCUAUACCGGAGGACAUCGCCGGCGAGACAGAGGAAGGUGCUACAGUUUCCGGGAACCCUUUUUCGUUUGCUUCUUCCGAAACUUCUCAGAUGGUUUUGGACCGCAUAAUGUCACAGUCGCAAGAGGUAUCGCCUAGAACUUCAGGCAGACUCUCCCAUAGUAGUGGUCCUCUUAAUGGAACCCAAAGCUGUGGCUCCUUGACAGACAGUCCACCAGUCUCACCCUCCGAAAUCGACGAUGCCAAGUUUUAUCGCUCGACCAAUCAUUUAAAUUCCCAAUACAGAGCUCCGGCGAGUGGUGCCGCCGGUGGGGGCGUUUCAACUGGAGGUGGGAAAACAGUCGGUAGGUGGCUCAAGGACAGGAGGGAGAAAAAGAAAGAAGAAACCAGAGCCCAGAACGCCCAGCUUCAUGCUGCGAUUUCCGUAGCUGGAGUCGCCGCUGCAGUGGCGGCCAUAGCUGCUGCCACUGCAGCCUCGUCUGGGUCCGGGAAAGAUGAGCAGAUGGCCAAGACCGACAUGGCCGUGGCCUCUGCCGCUACCUUGGUCGCUGCUCAAUGUGUAGAGGCUGCCGAAGCCAUGGGCGCUGAGCGGGAAUACCUCGCCUCGGUCGUCAGCUCCGCCGUGAACGUACGUUCCGCUGGCGAUAUAAUGACGUUAACCGCCGGCGCGGCCACUGCUCUGCGUGGGGCGGCUACGUUAAAGGCGAGGGCAUUAAAGGAAGUGUGGAAUAUAGCGGCUGUGAUUCCGGUGGAGAGAGGGAUAGGAGGAGUAAGUGGUGGUGGUGGCAACGGUAGUAACGGUAAUUCCAACAGUAGUUUUAGCGGUGAGCUUGUCCCAGAGGAAAACUUUCUGGGUAUUUGCAGUAGAGAAUUACUAGCCAGAGGCUGUGAACUCCUCAAACGAACCCGCAAAGGUGAUCUUCAUUGGAAAGUUGUGUCUGUUUACAUCAACAGAACACACCAGGUUAUGUUGAAGAUGAAGAGUAGGCACGUUGCUGGGACCAUCACAAAAAAGAAAAAGAAUGUGGUUGUGGAAGUGAUUAAAGAUAUGCCAGCUUGGCCUGGUCGCCACUUGCUUGAGGGUGGUGAGAACAGGCGUUACUUUGGUUUGAAAACAAUUAUGCGUGGUGUUGUAGAGUUCGAGUGUAGGAGCCAAAGAGAGUACGAUAUUUGGACUCAAGGAGUCUCAAGGCUGCUUUCCAUUGCAGCAGAAAAGAACAACCAUAGACAUAAAUAGAGCUUGAAAUUAAAUUGAACAACAAAACAAAUCUCUACUACUACUGUUCUUUUUCAAAAUUAGGAGGAAAAGCAAACAGUUUGGCUAAUAGGAUCUUUGUGCUGUUAUUAUUACUGUUAUUGUUAUAUAUGAUAUGAUAUAAUAUAUAAAUAGUCCCCUUUUAACAUCA